AUGGACGCGGUGGAAAGUGCGGAUGCGCCGACGCUGGAGUUGACGAUGGAAAACGUGGACGCGGCGCUCGACGAGGUUCGCCCGUACUUGAUCGCGGACGGCGGGAACGUGGAGCUGGUGACGAUCGACGACGGGAUGAUCGUCGUUCGUUUGAAUGGGGCGUGUGGGACGUGCGCGUCGUCCACGGCGACGAUGAAGGGCGGGAUCGAGAAGCUGUUGAAGCAGAAAUUCGGUGCAGCCGUGGACGAAGUGGUCAACGUGAGCGGCGACGCGGAGGAAAUGACGGUGGAGACGCUCGAGGCGCACCUCGAAAAGCUUCGAAAGUCCAUCACGAGCUACGGCGGCGAGGUGAGCGUGGAGUCGCUCGACUCGAGAGGGAUUUGUAUCUUGCGAUUCAAGGGGCCGCAGGCGCUCGCGUUCUCCAUCGCGCAGGCGCUCAAACAAAAAUUCCCGCUCGUUCGCGAGUGCAAGAUCAGGCAGGUCAAUUAA